AGAAAUUCAUUUUUUUUGCAGCACUCUUGAGUUCUUUUCUCUCUCCGUCCACAUUAAUAUACCUCUCUCCAUUUGAGUCAUUUUGCAAAGCUGAAACCUCGUAUCUGUGCAAAAAUGGGAGACCCUAACCCGAACCCGGAGGCGAAUCAGCUCCCAGAAGCCGACUCGCUGCCUGAUGGGUUUGUCGAAUCCUCUACGGCGGAAGAAGAGGUGGAUUACAAGGAGGAGAAGCUGCUGGAGCCCGGCUCGCGCCCCGAAGUUGUGAUAGAAGAUGGCGGUUCCUCAUUGGGUAAAUUGGUCGAGCACGUGGCGGAUCAAACUCAAUCAGCGGCUGCAGCUCAAGGCGACGUGAAUGCCAAGGACAAAUCUGUUGAAGAUGCUCAGACGCACACAGAUACCUCAGUGGAGAUUGCUGGGACUGGAACUACUGAAAACAACAAAAAGGAAGCUCCUGAAGUCAAGCGCAAAAUCAAACGUACCUUCAAAUCAGAGAAGGAAUAUUUGGAGUUUACUUUGAAGUUUCAACAAGUCCUAACUGAAAGAGAUUCUGCUGUUGCUGUUAGAGAUAAACUUGAGUCACUGUGUCGGGAGCUGCAACGUCAAAAUAAAAUGUUAAUGGAAGAGUGCAAGCGAGUGUCAAAAGACGGACAGAAUUUGAGAUUAGAUCUGUCAAAUAAGUUCCAAGAUGCAAUUAAGGAAGUAAGCUGUAAGCUGGAGGAACAGAAAGAUGAAUGCAUAGCUCAGCUAAAAGAGAACGAAAUGUUGAAGAUCAAGUUAAAACAACUUGUCGAGCAAUAUACUCUUUCCGAGCAGCAACAUGCCCAGCAGCUAAAACAGAAAGACCUCGAACUUCAGCUUUCUGAUCUGAAACUUCAGCAACACGACGAGAAAUUAAAGCAGGAGCAGGCUCAAAUGAAACUUUACGCAGAACAAGUGGCGCAACUCUUAGGAACUGAAAAGAAUUUGAGGUUGCAGUUAACAGCCGAUGGCGAAAAGUUCCAACAGUUCCAGGAAGCAUUAUUGAAGAGUAACGAGGUUUUUGAAACAUUCAAGCAAGAAAUUGAGAAGAUGGCGAAAUCAAUUAAGGACCUCAAGAAGGAAAACACCUUCAUGAAGAGCAAAAGCGAGAAAUCAGAUAUCACCCUAAUCGAACUGGCCAACGAGCGCGAGCUCCUGAAGAAACAACUGGAGAAAACGAGAAAUCAGAAGGACAAACUGGAAUCGCUGUGUCGAUCCCUCCAAGCAGAGAGGAAGACAAGUUCAGUUGCAAGCAAUAGUUCAGAUACUGUUGUAUGAACUCAGCUGUUUGGAGUGGAGUGCUAUAAAGUAGACAUGUAUUCCAAAGGGCUGAUGUUGUUAAACUUUGCCAAAUUAAGGUUGUCCUAACAAAUUUUGUUGGCUGAGUUGAGUGAACUUUUGGUGUUUCAGACUGCAUAUCCCUUGUAUAUUGUUAUGUUGCAACAGCUAUUGAAAAAUCUUUUCAUAUUAA